AGAGAUGUCGCAGCUCCGAGAAUUGCUGUGCUUCUUCUGCUUGGCCUGGGCCGCGCAGGGCAAAAGAUGUCUCGACCCUUAUCCCGUACAUAUCGUGGAUUCGCCCCCACCUCGCCCCUUCCCUAGCACGGCGGGGCUCAUCCAGGAAUCCACAGUCAUUGCCCAUGGAUACGUGGAGAGCAUCCAUGACCUGGCCGACGCUCGCCACAAGGAAGCAGAAAUCGUGGUCUUCAACGUGCUGUGUCUCGACCGCUGCAUCGACGAACUGAAGGUCAAAUUUGUGGAUGACGAUGACCACGGUGCGGGAGACGGGUUCCUGCACUGCCGGUUUACGAUGCACGACGAUUAUUACCUCUUCCUUCGGCGAGCUGGGAAUGAGUCUGCGUUCAGAAUACUGGCCGUGCUGCAUGGGGAUGAUUUUGAGAUGGAUUUGGCCGCGCGCUAUUUCAAAGCGUGCGCAACGACGCGGAUUCGACCAGACGACACCGGCACGUGGUACGAGACGGCGAGCGGCCUCGUGGUGGCCAAGGGGGACGACGUCCUACUCAGAUGCGAAGCGCCUCUCGUGGAUUCGCUUGUUGACUUCAACGGAUACCGCCUCACACUGGGCUUCUCCGGAGGCGAAGGGGACGCCCAAAGACGCCCACAAUCCCAGGUGAGCUUCCGGGCUGAGGCAAGACAGACCGUCACCUGCGCCGCCACCCUGCAGCGCGCACCGCAGGAGGUCCUUGGCCGCUCCGCUCUCGCCCUCGACGUCGUGGAUCCGCCGUACCUGAACCUGUCUACGGAAAGCCACGUGUUGACCUUGACCUACGAUGACCUGAGAGCGAACCCCGUGCUGUUGUGGCCCAUCAAGUUCAUGGGCUUUCCUGAGCCAGAGUUCCAGCUCAUUCGCCCCAAUGGCCAAGAGGUGCAACGGGGCAACUGCAGAGACCUCGCCGGCAACGCCACCUUCUGCCGCUCAGGGAGUCUGCCUCUGCCGCUCUCUCCUGGGGAGCUCGACCACGGCGUGUUCAGCCUCGUGGCCAGCGCCGGGCCGGAGCGCAGGAACGUUUCGCUCUUGCUCAACUUGACCGACCCAGAGCCCCCAAGCUGGCUGGCACAAGACCCGAGGAGGAACAGUUCCAUCAAGGUUCAUCUUGACCAGAUGAUCGACCUCAACUGUAGCGCUGAAGGAGUACCUCGGCCUGCGUACCUAUGGAAGAAGGACAGAGAGGUCGUGGCUUUGGAAGACGGUUUCGUGGAGGAAGACGAGACGGGCGCGGUGCUGACCCUGAGGAAGGUACGGGCCAAGGACGCCGGCUUGUACGUGUGCUCGGUGCAGAACCGGGCGGGGUUCCUGCUCACGCACUUCGACCUCAAGGUUCUGGACGAGCCGAACGACGCAGCCAUCCUCUGGACCGGCGCCGUGCUCGGGUCGGCCGUUCUGCUCAGCGCGGUUUGGAUCGUCUACAGCAGAGGCAGAAUAUGGCUCUUCUCCAGGAAAUACAAUCUCGAGGCGAAGAAAGAGUGGGAGGCCGGAAACCCCAGCGCCUUGACCUCUGACCUGAGUCUUCAAGAGCAGGCGGAUCUCCUUCCAUAUAAGGGCAAGUUCGAAGUAUCGAGGAACAACAUAAUCUUUGACAAGCUCCUGGGCUGCGGUGCCUUCGGGCGCGUCUACCGAGCACAGCUGGAGAUACCGGACACGGGCGCCCCCCCUGCCACAGUGGCCGUCAAGAUGGUGAAAUCCCGCAAGGACAAAGUGCAACUGAACGCCUUGCAAUCGGAGCUCAAGAUCCUCAUCCACAUCGGGCAACAUGUCAACAUCGUCAACCUGGUGGCCGCUUGCACCAAGAACCUGCACACGAGGGGGGAGCUGAUGAUCCUCGUUGAAUACUGCCGAUUCGGGAACAUUCUGGACUUCAUGAGGAGGAACCACAGGACCUUCGUGAACCAGCUCGACCCGGAGACAGACACCAUCAACCCGUGCGUGGCGAGGCUGCCGCAGGAGAACUUCAGGAACUCCGUCUCCGACAUCGUGUACAUCAGCGAGGGCCGCGUCGCCUUCCAGAAGAUCGACAGCAACGCCACCUGUCCUGGCAUCUUCCCGACGUCUCGCGAGGUGCUUCUGGGCAGCACGCAGCAGUCCCAGGCUUUCACCAACGUCGACUCCGAGAUGAGUACUGUGACGCUGAUCAGUGACACGCACAACAUGGAGGCCCCCAGCGCCCCGUCCGACCCCGAGGAGAGAGACAAGCCCCUGUGUUCCCGAGAUCUCCUGUGCUGGGCCUUCCAGGUGGCGCGGGGCAUGGAGUACCUCGCGUUCAAGAAGGUGCUGCACGGCGAUCUGGCCGCGAGAAACAUCCUGCUGUGCGAGAAGAACGUCGUCAAGAUCAGCGACUUCGGACUCGCCAAGGACAUCUACAAGGACGAGAAUUACAGGAAGAGCAAGAACGCGCCACUGCCGGUGAAGUGGAUGUCCGUGGAAGCGCUCCGGGAUGGAAUCUUCUCGACGCAGAGUGACGUGUGGGCCUUCGGAGUUGUCGUGUGGGAGAUGUUCAGCCUCGGGCGGACCCCCUUCCCCGGCAUCUCCGUCGACGAGAAUUUUGUGAAGAAGCUGGAGUCGGGGUUGAGGAUGGAGCGGCCACGGUUCGCCACGGGGGACUUAUACAAGGUCAUGCACGACUGCUGGAGGACUAAGCCCGAGGGACGGCCCUCCUUCGGGGAGUUGGAGAAGACCUUGAGCCGGAUGCUGAGCGAAGGGGACAGGGCGUAUCUGGACAAGAUCCAGGAGCCCUACAACGAGGAGGACGCGGCCGGGGACGAAGGCCACAGUUUCUACAUGGACAUGGCGUGCAAGCCCACACGCUGCGACCCCGUGCAACAGGAAUCCCCCGCGUCUCCCGAAGUCGGUUCCUCGGCUGUAGACACCCCUCAAAGCACAACUCCGGCCGCCUCGUCCACGCUGCAGCCGCCUUCGACGUCCUCGGGUCUCCGCCCUUCGACGCCCGCGAGUCUUGAGCCCUCGACGGAUGCGAAGAAAGGCUACGUGGUCCUGGCGUCGCUGGGUCGCCUCCUGGGCCAGAGGGAGGCGGGCAGCCCUUUCGAGGAGGAGGGCCCCGUCUACAAGAACAUCGAGGGCGCCAGAGACAGGCAGGAGCUCGGCCAGGAUGAGUGUGUGAAUGUGGAAGACCUUUUCCAUUCGGAUUAGCCUUUUCUUGCACAGUUGCGUUGGCUUUUUUUUUUUUUUAGUUUCCUUUCGACUUAUUUUUAUCUUAUCUCUCACUGAAAACUUUGAACAAAAAUUGCAAUAGAUAAUAGGUAGAAAGAUCCAGGGGCGGUUCUCACGAAGGGUCUUUGCGAUUUCGUCUAUGGUUUGCCACUUUGCCACGUGUCAAAAUUAAUGCUAGUUACAGAACAAACAUUUAAAUCAUUGCAGACCCUAUUUUGAUAUUCUGUUGUGAUAGGUAAAUAUGACAAUAAAUCUUGCUUAUAUCAUAAUCUUGCACAGUUAGUAUGUUUAAAUGUGACCUGGCAUCCCUACGCGUAUUGUCAUUGCAUCGGUUGUAAAGACGAGCAGCGUUAUUUUGUAUGCUUAAGAAAAGGCAGCAUGAGAUAUGUAGGAGACGGCUCAAUUAAAUAUUAAUAAUCUAUCAAAAGUGACCUCGAAGCUUUUACUUAUUAUUUCCAAAGGGGAAUAGUGUGCAAGUGAGGAAAAUUUGCAUAAGGAUAAAUUAAAGACAGUCCUUCCAUGUAAAGACAAAAUUAACGAGAAAAUAUUAGUGAAAUAGAAAUGAGUAAAUUAACGAUAGACAAUAUAUCAAAAAGGGCUUCCAAGUUUUUCUAUCAUAUUCGAUGCAGAAUUAUCUUUAAAGACAGUCCUUCCGCACGUGGAACAC